AUGAGACUCAGCUCCUUCACUGUCGGCCUUCUGGUCUUGGCUGCCGGUCAUGUACAAGGCCAAGGAACACCACCACCGGCAUCGACGCAGCCCGGCACCAGUACAAGCUGCAACAAGUGGCAUGUCGUCAAGUCUGGCGACAAUUGCGGAACUCUGGAGUCUCUGUACAAGAUCACGCACGCCCAGUUCCUCACCUGGAACCCUGCGGUAUCAAAUGACUGCAUCACGAACUUUUGGCCCGACUACGCAUACUGCGUCGGUAUCAGCAGCACCGUGCCAACAACGACCGCAAAGCCCACAACUCCUACAACGACAGCACAGAUCACCAGCCCUCCGGGCCCGACUUUCACCGGCACUCCGGCGAACUGCAACAACUGGUACACCAUCCAAAAGGGAGACGACUGCGGCGUGGUCGAGAAGAAGUUCGGCAUCACGCACGACCAGUUCAUUGCUUGGAACCCAGCUGUGUCCAAGGACUGCGUGACGAACUUUUGGCCUGACUACUCCUACUGCGUGGGCGUGGACCCGAGCAAGCCCUCCACGGCGACAUCAAAGCCGUCCACUACCACUACGACGAACCCGUCCACCACAACCAAACCAUCCGUUACAGUACCCACCACUACGACACCGUACUCCAUUUUGCACCCUGUGACGAACGAGACCAUCUCGCGGCCGCCAAUGCCGACAGAGGAAUGGCCUCCUACUAAGACCCAGGAGGGCCAGCCGGCUUACUGCAACAACUGGCACCUAGUAUCUCCCGGGGAGACGUGUGAAGAUAUUACGAGACGAUACAGCACGUGGAUGGGCCUCGAGGACUUCUUCGCAUGGAACCCAUCUCUCGGCACCGACUGCUCCGGCCUCUACACAAACUACUUCGUCUGCGUCGGCAUCCAGCCCCAGCAGUCCCUCACCCUCGUCCGCCCCGCCCCCAACGGCACCGCCGUCCUGCCCCCCUACUUCUCCUGGACCCCCGAGCCCCUCCCCACCGUCGACACCUCUUUCGUCCCGACCCCGAUCCAGGGACCUCUGCCCACCGACUGCGCCGCGUGGUACCUGGCCAAGCCGGGCGACCGCUGCGACAACGUCAUCGCCGCCAACCCGCCCAUCUCCAGGGAGCAGUUCUUCGCCUGGAACUCCUACCUCAAUAACAACUGCGACGGCCUCUGGGCCGACACGUAUUACUGCGUCUGGGCCGGCAGCAACAAGCCGCCCGUGCCGACGGCCACGGCGGCGCCCUCGCCAGUCGAGUCCGGGACCGAUCCGGAACGAGUACUACUACUGCGUGGCCGUGCCGGGCACGCCGACGACGCGGACGCAGCCUAUCCCGUCGACGACGGCGGCGCCGGACCGGCCUACGCAGAGCGGGAUUGCGAGUGCUUGCGGGCGGUACUGGCUCGUGUCGAGUGUGGAUACGUGUGA